AUGAGAGGAUGCGGAUGCUGCCACAGUGUUAAGACAACUCCAGUGCUGUUAUUCCACGGUCUCUUGUUGACCUCCGACUCCUGGUUGGACGCUGGGCCAGAAUCCGGUCUGCCAUAUCUGCUUUCUCGCUCUUGCUACGAUGUGUGGCUAGGAAACCAGAGAGGAAGCUAUCGCGGCCGCCGGCAUAUCAACCUAAAUAGCGACAUGGAUAUGGCUUUCUGGAACUUUUACGCUGACGAAAUAGGCCGCUAUGAUAUACCAGCUACCGUCGACUACAUUUUAAAAGCUACCCGGACCGACUUACUUAACUACAUCGGAUAUUCGCAGGGUGGAACCGCCUUCCUUAUCAUGUGCUCCGAAAAACCUGAGUACAAACAUAAGAUUGGUUUCUCCCUCCUCCUUGCGCCGGCCUCAAGAGCGAAGUAUAUCAGGUCCGAAGUAUUUAAAAUACUGUGCACAGGCGUCAAGGAGUUGGAGACACACUUGUAUAAGUCAGGAAUCUAUGAGAUUAUGACUAAAGAUGGAUUUGGUCGCGUUGUUGCUUCUCUUUGUAAAGAUACUUAUGCGGCUGAAACAAUUUGUGGUGACGCUUUAGGACUUUUAGAUGGGUAUCCCAUCAAGUCUAUGAGCGCGAGGACUUUACGAGUGAUGUUCAACAAUUUUCCCUCGGGGACAUCAGUCCGCAACCUGGUCUGGUACGGCCAACUCGUCACGAACGGUACAUUCAGAAAAUUUAACUACGGUGAUGAAGAAAACGUACGGAGAUAUGGUACAAUAUUGCCACCUACAUACAACGUUAGUGCAGUGACUGUUCCUACGAUAGUUAUGUACGGCAAAUCCGACUCAUUGGUAGACAGCAGAGAUAUUAAAUGGCUAGUAGAUCGGCUGCCUAAUUUAAUAGAGUGCGUGGAAGUUAACGAUCCGCGUUGGAAUCACCUGGACUUCGCGUAUAGUAGGCACAUAAGAAGAACGAUAUUCUCGACUAUCGACCAAUUUUUACGGUAUUAUGACAGAGGCCAAGGAACUGAAAAU